AUGUUGAUAUUUCCUCCGUCCACGAGUAUAAACAUGUCUGGAAAUCUCUCGUUCCUGCCCGGAUAUCUCAGAGUAUCAUCCAGAGCACCCAGCAAAGAGGAAUCGAAACCAUACGCAACUCUCCACACAUAUAAUUACACCACAUUAUCACAUACGCAGUUACCCUCCAUUACGUCCCAUCUACAAUCAUGCAUUUCUCCUCAAUCCUAUCCCUCUCCGUCGCUCUCAUCACCCCCCUCAUCAGCGCCUACCCCAUCAGCGGCGACUCCGUCAACUGCCGCUCCGGCCCCGCAACAAGCUACAAAGUCAUCAAGACCUACGCCAAAGGCCACGAUGUCAAAGUAACCUGCCAAACCGUCGGCGAAACCGUCAAAGGUGACAACCUCUGGGACAAAACAGCCGAUGGCUGCUACGUCGCGGACUACUAUGUGAAAACCGGCACCACCGGCAGGGUUGUCAACACCGAGUGCAAGACCGGCGGAACUGGCGACUCCUCCAUGAACGGCAAGAUCACUCGCAAGGAAAUUAUCGCCCGUGGAAAGUACUGGAUCGAUCGCCACGUCUCGUACUCCAUGAAGGGGUACUACCCAGACCCGAAGGGUACCAGCUACCGCACCGACUGCUCGGGCUUCGUGGCGAUGGCUCUCCAUGCUUCGGCUCCGGGAUACUCUACUGUUGAACUCCCGAGAAUCGGGACGCAGAUCGCUUGGAAGGAUCUCCAGCCCGGAGACUUUGUGGGGACUCUUGGUCCUGGAACUGGUGGCUCUGGUGGCCACGUUACGCUGUUCUUGUCGUGGACUGAUAGCACUAAGAAGGCGUAUAACACCCUUGAGUGCCGUGGUACUGCUUACGGAUGCGUUGCUUACAAGCGCAAUGUUGGAUGGAAGGAUGGUAGCUUCACUGCUAAGCCAUACAAGUACAUCCAUGUGGUGUAAAUGGUGGUUUAUAAGAGUGGCUUGUAUAUUAUUUUUUCGUUGACAUGAAGGGGGGCUAUUGUACGGGAGUGUUAUUGGAUACCUUCUUAAAAUAUAUUGCAGAUAGAAUUCAAUUAAGUUAACUGGACUGGGAA